GUGUUGGAUAGGAAGUGGUGACCUUGGUCGGGAGCUCCCGUUGAUCGGUUGCCGAGUUUUGUGUUGAUAUAAAGAAUGUUAGGUUGGUGAGAGAUGGAGUGUUCGCGUUAACGGUGCGGAAUAGUGGAUUUUGGUUUGUUAUAUGGGAAGUGGUUAGCAUUUGAUCUAUUGUUUUGAUGGGCACAGCGAAUGGUGAUCAUAGCAAGAGUAAACCGCUACGUUUGGGCAAAAAAUCGAAUUGCGAGCUACACGAAUUGCGGCCAUUUACGACAGGCCAACAAGACGACUGGUUAAUAAUCGCAGCCUGGUUAACCCAAGGGCAGUGAUUAUUAAAGUAAUGAUAACGAUUAUUACGGUAACGACGGUCCUCGCGAGGAUGCGGAGUUCCACAUAUUGUACAUCGGGAUGGUGCCUGCUAUUCUCUUGCGUCCCCGAAGUGAACGCCAGCGUCAGUUAGUUAAUAUCAACUUGGCUUAUUUUUAUUGCAAUAUUCAGUAAACCAUAUUGACACAGCAAAUAUCGUUAACUGUUGUUAUCCGUAGAAAUAGAGGAUGGCUGGACCACGAGAAAACAGAGGUUUGCUGUGACUUCAAAGAAUCGUCAGCUCAAGAUGUGAGGCCGCGAGACGAGGUGACCGAGACGAAGAUGCCAAAACGACGCGCCGUCUCUGCUGGUGCCGAAUAUCGUCGUUUUUAGUUUCUGUGUAGAUCAUGCGAGGCCCUAGGAGGCCUCCCUGUCCCCUCGAAUACCGAGGGCAGACUGGUGACGAGCUGGGCCCCGCGUGUCGUCUGUCUGUCUGCGUGUCUUCCUAUGCGCGCGGGAGUGUCAGAUUCAUCCGGUCGCGGCAGAGGCGAUUCUCUUUUCUCAUCGGCAGAUAUUCAAGUCAUCAAAUUAAAGCAUCCUAGAACUCUUAAUUCAGCUAUGUUUAUUUAUGAUAAAAAAGGAAAGCAAUUGUUCGAAUUAGUGGCAUUUGAUGAAGAGUAUAGGUCCUGGCUUAUUGGUGAGACAGUCCAAUCCGAUGGGAAAUUAUACAUUACUACACCAGUUGACGUCUCAUAUCUCAUCCUGCCAUAUUUAAUGCAGUCUACCAAAAAUGUUCCCCUUGAUCACCUACUGGAAGACGACCAGUUUCCAGCCAUAGUACAUGUAUCUAGUCUUGCUGCUGGUAAAGACUUUUCACAUAUUGCUGACAGGAAAGGAAGUCCAAAUCUGGGUGUGUGGAAGUAUAAUCAAGAGUCAACCUUGUCUUGGUUGGAAGGUCGAGUAAGGAAGCUUUCUGCUCUCUUGCAGGAAAAGAAAGUCCCUACUUCUAAUGCCCAAAGUUUUACCUAUGUCCGUGCAAUGAACCUGGAACAAACACAGG